AUGGCGGGCACAAAGAGCCACACAAAUGACCGGAAUCUAGGGCCUUUCUACAGUAACCCGCAAAAGAGUUGGCCACAAAUAUUCUCUUCCACCCUAUGGACCUUCCUCCUCUUCCUGCUCAUGGGACUAAGAGUCUCUGGAAAGGACUCAUCCCCAAAAGUAGUGUUUGGAAUCCUAGGGGGUUCUGUGACUCUACCCCUAAACAUCUCAGUAGAUGCAGAGAUUGAGCACGUGACCUGGAAUGGUCCCCAAAAUGCUCUUGCUUUAGCAUAUCCCAACAGAGAGGUAACCAUUAUGGUCAAAAGCUACCAGGGUCGACUAAACAUCACCAGCUCAAGUUACUCCCUCAACAUCAGCAACUUGACCAUGAAAGAUGCAGGAUCCUACAAAGCUCAGAUCAACCAAAAGGAUUCUAAAGACACCACUGAGGAAAAAUUCACCCUGCACAUCUAUGCGCAACUUCCAGAGCCCCAAGUCACCAUGGAGUCCGUGAAUAUGUCUGAGAACUCCUCGUGUGACAUCACGUUGAAAUGUUCUGUGAAGGGGGAAGGGAAAGACGUUCUGUACAGCUGGACUCCAAGGGACACCCACGCUUCUGAGUCCAAUGGGGGCUCCAUUCUUACCAUCUCCCAAACGCCCUGUGACCCAGACCCACCAUACACCUGCACAGCCCGGAACCCAGUCAGCCAGAGCAGCUCCCACCCUGUCCAUGCUUGGCAGUUCUGUUCAGAUCCAGAAACUUUCAGAGGAAGAGCGAUGGGGGAGCCAGUGAUGGGGAUCCUGGGAGAGUCCAUCACCUUGCCACUGGCACUGUCAGUCAGUCAGGGCACAGGGAAUGUUAUCUGGAUGUUUAACACGUCUGUUAUCAGCAAAGAAUGUGAAGCAACAGCAAAUCCACUCAUGAAAUUCAGGGAUCUUGACAAGAACAGGGUGUGGAUCUCUGGCCAGGACUACUCCCUGAAGAUUGACCAACUGAAGCUGGAGGAUGCUGGCCUUUACCAUGCCUUUGUGUGCUCGGAAGCCUCCAGAGUCAUCAGCAUGACACACGUCACCCUGCUCAUCUACCGGAGGCUGGUGAAACCAAAAAUCACCUGGAAACUUGGGCCCACCAAGGACGGCACCUGCAGAGUCAGCCUGACCUGCUCUGUGGAGGAUGGUGGAAACAAUGUGACAUACACGUGGACGCCCCUGCAGAAGGGAGCUAUUGUGUCCCAAGGGGGAUCACACCUCAACAUCUCAUGGAGAAGUGAUGAAAAUCGCCCCAACCUCACGUGCACGGCCAGCAACACUGUCAGCAACAGCUCUCACCAGUUUCCUUCUGGAAAUAUCUGUUCAGGGCCUGAGGGAAACAUGAGACUUUGGACUGUCCUCUCCCUGAUGGUUUGCCUUCUGUGCUUUGGAGUCUUUGGCCUGUGCAUCUGGAAGCAGAAAAGACAGCGUUCAGACCCAGUCUUCAGUUCCAGCCAAGCUGAGGCCUCAGCUGACACACCAGGGUAUGAGAAGUUGGAUAUUCCCUCUAAGCCUGCCAGACAACAGCCUCCAGCCACCUCAGACAGCAGCUCUGACAGCAACGUCACAACUGAGGAGGAUGAAGAGAGGCCCGAGAUGCCCAAGACUAUCAAUGGAAGAGAUGAAGUGUAUGACCUGGUCACUCAGGAAGACACUGAAUGUGACUCAGCCUCUGAAGGCCAAGAGUAUGAUCUCGUCACUCCAGAUGACACGGUAGUUAAGCCUAUGGUUGAAGGGGACACAGAGUAUACGCAAGUGUUCUUCAAUUUGCAGGGAAAGAUCCCUGUUUCUCAGAAGAAAGAGAGCUCAGUCACGAUCUACUGCUCUGUACAGAAACCUCAGAUGGUGAUGCCGCCACCACAAGAGAAUGAACGUGAGUCUCCUGAAAUCCCAACUUAUGAAAACUUCAUCUAA